CUGAUCGGAGGAGCAGAGGAAGAAGCAAAGCACGCGCACCGCAGGUCUGCAGCCACGCCCACGAUGCCUUGCCGCAAGGUCCCCAUGAGGCUCAUCGAGAAGGCGCUGGCGCGCGCCGAGACGCACGCCAGGAGGACCAAGGGGCUGCAGAAGAAGGCGUCGGAGCUCGCCACGCUCUGCGCGGUCCCGGUCGCGCUCGUCUGCUCCGCCGGCGCGGGGGCUCCGCCGCUCGUGUGGGAGUCGGAGGAGGGAGUGCUCGAAAGGUACCGGCGCGCCGUCCCGGCGGAGACCCGCGCGCGGCACACGCACCGGUGCUACAUGGAGACGGAGCUGGGCAAGGAGAGGGCCAAGCUCGCCCGGACGCGGCACGGCUGCCCCGGCGCGCUCGCAGACUGGGACGCCGCGCUCAACGACAUGACGCUGGAGGAGGCGCGCGGGCUGCUCGAGACCAUCGACACGGUGCUGCGGGCCACGGGAGACAGGAUGGAGGCGCUGGGCAUACCUGCCGACGGCGGCCACGGCCCGCUCCAGGGUUCUUCCCACGGCGCCCUCAUGCCGCAGAAGCUCGGGCACGGUGGCGGCAACCCCGUAGACAUGGACGCCGCCGGCUUCCAGCAGCUGCAGAUGGUAUCGUUCCACGCUGGGAACAACGAGGGCCUACUCGAGCAAUUCUCAUGGGACGACCCCUUCCAGACGCAGCCAGGGUGCGGCGGCUUCCAAUGCGUCGGCGGCAACUACUCGGCCGGCGGCGACGCGAUGCUCUCGCCAGGCGUCGCCAAUGCUGACUACAACUACUCGGCCGGCGGCGACGAGAUGCUCACGCUAGACCUCGCCAAUGCUGACUACAACUACUCGGCCGGCGGUGACGAGAUGCUCACGCUAGGCCUCGCCAAUGCUGACUACAACUACUCGGGCGGCAGCGACGAGAUGCUCGCGCCGGCCUUCGUCAAUGCUGACUACAACAACUCCUCCAGCGGCGGCGAGAUGCUCGCGCCUGGCUUUGGCAAUGCUGACUACGACUGGACUGACCUGACCAUGUGGGCCAACGACGAGCUGUGCGAUGCAGUCAUGACACAUGGGUGCUACCCUGACUUCGCCGACGGUACUCUGCCGCCCCAUUACUCCGCUCAGGUCAUCACCGGCGGGGACUACGUCAACACACCACCACCUGGCGGGUACGGGUACCCCAUGGCCAUGGGCGUGGGCGACAACUUCACUAAUCUCGACCGACACUACACGGCGCACUCGCAGUUCCAGCGCUUCGACACAAGCAGUCUGUUGCUAGGGGCAAUGCAGUCAUAA